UAUUUUAGUCAAAAUUUCGUGGUCAUUUGCGGAUGUCUGAACGACAAAUUACCACGAUUUCUCACUUCUCUGUAGCUAUAAUAAUCAAACCAGUACCAUGAUAAGGAUGACAUUAUUCUUGUGGAGCUACACAACGAGUUUCGGUCUUGGAAAAUGGCUAAAUAGACCGAUAUUGGCUGUUGAUCGUGACAAAAUAGACGUUGCUUCUAGACCCCAUGGAUAGUGAGUGAAAGAAAAACUGCCAAUCAUACUGGAAGGCGACGCGAUUUUUACUUCAUUUACGAUGCUACUAUUCCACCAAGCCUCAUGUAAUAAAUGUGGCUUUGGCGCGGAUGACGUUUCACCAGCGAUCACGUGUUAUCGACAAACUCCAAAACUCAUUGCCAUGCUAUGUGAAGAGAUUUUGAAGGAUAAACUACACACAAUGACCGCGCCGCAAGUACAGUGGAUCGGCUCAAGUUGUGGACGGCAUGGCUCAUAUACAUUCUACAAGGGCUUCAGAAUUAUCUCUGGGGAGAAAGUAAAAAAUUACUGCCUUGGAGAGUUCUAUUUUGUUCGAAAAGCCGUCAAUUUGCCGAUAUGCAUUGCAGAGCUUCAACUAAUUUGGCAUGACUCUGGAUGUGAUAGUAAACUCGCUUCCGCUAGAUUAUAUUUCAAACCCGAAGAUACUCCUCAAGGAAGACUGUCAAUACAUGGAAAGGAUGAGUUACUCUACGCGGAACAGAAGGUUGUGAUCAAAUGCGAGGACAUGUUAAGAUGGGAAUACUGUGGUCCGGACUGGCGCACGGGACUGGUGCCCACAUGCACAGAAGACCUCAUCCCGACCAACGACACACGCAUAAAUAGCUACAACUCGCAAACAGAACAAACAUGUGUGCUGAGAGAAUCUCAAAAUAUAAACAAUACAGCAGAAAAGCUGAUCAUAUUGACUUUCCAAGCGUAUUGUCGGUAUGCUUCGUUGAAAAAAAGAUUACAGGAAGGUUUAAAGAUUAGUAAGUCGGAGCUUACGGCGCUAGGAGGGAUUAUAUCUCAAGAUCGCGCCACCAGAAUUGUGUUCUGCCGAGAGAGCUUCAGCUGUACAGAUAUCGAGAGAUAUCACUUCUAUAGCGAUGCAAAGGCUCCUAUUCUCAAGGGUAGACCAAGAAAGAAAAGAAAACAGCGUUGCGCUUCCUUGGACAAAGAACUUAAACGAAAAAGGUUCCUUGCUGAACUAGAGCGUGUAAAGCAAGAUCUAUCGCAGAAAAAGGCCAAAUUCUCGGAAGACGAGGAUGGGUUUGAUUCCGAUUACUCAGAAGAUAGCUCUCGAUCCUCUGGUAGUAACGAGUCUGCUCAAGUGAACAUCAAGAGAUCGCUGAAUGGAAUUGUCCAGAAAGCCUUCGCCAUUCAACAUAUGAAGGUCAUCAAAGUCGAAAGGCCUAAUGCUUCCUCAACCCUUAUUUAUCAGAAGCCAACCGCUAAGGCACCUCCUCCGCUUAUACCAACACAGAAAGUCAAGUCUGAAGCGUAUUCUCCACCAGUAUUACAAAUUGCCAGGGUGAAACCUGAUCUCAAUCAAGCGCAUGUCGAUACCGGACCACCACCGCUCUGCUCAGUCAAACGAGUCCAGUCAUACUGCGAGAGCGCUCCCAAACUCGGAUCCGCACCGAAGCCAGUCUCUAAAUGCUCGGAGAUCUCCGAACACGAUGCAAUGACGAGCUCAACGUUGGUAACCACGCCUGUGAUAUCUGCUCCCAAAAAGCACGAGUUAACUUCGCAAGGCACUCUGGGUAGGGUGGAAAGUAUAGUUGAAGGGGAGGGGAAACUGCUCAAAUCUCGUCUUGGAGACGAGGGCGUAAAGGACCAAGGCAAGGAGAAUCUGGAGAACAAUCUGGAGAACAAUAAGAUAAAAAGAAAGCGAUUGAGACAGCCUGGAAACAUGAAGGAGUACUUGGACGAUUACGCGGAUGAGGACGAACGCUACUUCAUGCGGCUUCUUCGCGAAUUCAUGAAGUCACGGGAAACGCCCAUUUCUAAGAUCCCAGCUCUCGGAUUUAAGCGUGUCAACCUGUGGACCAUGUACAACACAACACAGCGACUAGGUGGCUACGAAAUGGUGACAUCUAAGCGUUUAUGGCGACAAGUAUACGAUGCGCUCGGAGGUAGCACCACCAUCACUAGCGCUGCGACAUACACACGGCGACACUACGAAAGGCUGCUGCUGCCAUAUGAACGCUAUGUGAGAGGGCAGCUACACAAGCCGGAAUCCUCCCCUUCCUCUCCUGAGGAUUACCCGGACCCUACAAACACUCAGUCUACCAUCGAGAACAACAACAACGAGGUUGCAUCCAGUGUUAAGGGCAGCGCUGUUGUAAAGCCCAUGGUGUCCGUAAAAGCCGAAGAGAGAGCUCCGACUUCUCUUGUAACAAGUAGACCAGGCACUGGUUUGGACAAAUCUGGUCAUCAGUCUCGUGCCACGCCUCCUGUGACCUUGUCCCUGGCUGGAAAACCUACAGUUAAGGUUGGACCAACUACGCACCAUCUUCAGGAUGUGGUUACCAGCAGUGCUGCUUCCCAAGUUCUCAAGACGUCUCUAUCCGCUCGCCCUGAGAUUGUAUCUCGCAACACUGACGCACCAGUGCUAAAAACUUUCUCGACACACAAUCACCUCGAGACAAAAAGCGCUGGCCCAAGCACAGUUUCCAAGAUGUCUUCAACAUAUAAGCCUAUAGAAACAGAUCAACGUCCCAGACUAGGAAUUUCACCAACUGCGAAAACGUGCUCGACCUCAUCAUUCAUACCCUCUGAGGUGACGUCCUGUAUCUCGGGAACACCCAAGACGUCACAGCAUCGUACGGAAAGCUGUCACUCCGGUUCACGUGGUUCCAAGAUUUCAUCACAAAAAGUAAUUGAGACGGGGCUCCGCAACACUAAAACAGCAGGGACGAAAACGUCUACGGUACCUCACAAUCAUAUUAAGCCUACUCACUACAAGGGUACAAAAGAAGUCCCCAAGAUCUCCUCAUCACAUGGUUCCCACGAGACAACACCACACAUAAACGGUGCACCAGUCUCCAAAACAUCAAACUCGACGCAGAAUUCAACUGAGGCUACAACUCGAAAAACUGGUACCCCAACCUCUAAAACGUCCUACUCAAAGCAGAGUAGGGCAGAACCCUCUACCACCUAUUCGACGUGUCAACAAGCUAGCACUGCUCAAGCGUCAGCAAUAAACGGGUCUAUUACCUCCAAGACGUCCACUGGUAACCCGUCUAUUACCUCACAGCUAGCGGCACUAAUACCUGACUCUAUCGGUACACAGCCCAGCCCUUCCCAGCCUUUGUCUAGCACUCCGCGAAGGGAGCUACCAGCAAAGACAUCGACGGAAGAAACGACCCAGAACAAAUCCUCCAUGGCGGUGUCCCCCAUUGUUCGCAUGGAGCCUUCAAGCGUCAAAUCGCUAGUGACACACGAUUCCCAAAGACUUACUCUCAUGUCAACUCAAGUAGUCUCAAGCCAAUCUGUACAGCCGGUCACAAGGGUGGAUCCUAUCGUGCCCAACAGCUCAGGUAUUUGUGAUGCUGUCAAGACUCCUAUUUCCAUUGAUAAAAGUUACCUUACCGAACAGCACAGCAAACGUGCCAUGCCAGACAGGAGCGAACCUGGUGACAUGUACUUGAGAGGGAUCCCCGAGAGGCAAGACACGGCUGAAGUGUUCAUCUAUAAAGAACCAAACAUUAGCGCGAGCCAUGCUACCAAAAGACCUGUCUCAUCUGGGCUUCAGCAGCGUGAAGACGGCUAUACCCAAUCCCGUGGGAACGCACAAGGCAGUGUAGACACCUCUGAGCCAGAGAUAAAGAGGCGAAAAGAAAGUGUUGGUGAGGAGGCUUCUCUUGAGCAGCGUGUCCAUGCCAAUGACGGAUACCACUCGCGGAAGCAACAACGGUACACUCUCAUAAACACUCAAAGCUCGUGCAGGUCACCCAGCCCAAACCUGCAGGCACAGAAGAGGCAGGCUUUUACUCCGACUUUGAGAACAGAACCUCUUGAUGCUGAACUAAAGUCACAUCGCCAGAGGCGAGACACCUACCCGUAUGAUGAUGCCUUCAACACUAGUCAUAACAAGCAGCGUAAAGGACCCUUUGAUUCACAGGCACGACCUAUGUCAACAGAAGACAACGAGUCACUGGGUCAAAGAGACCGUGGCCAGUUUUCCAAGAACUUUGACAGCACCGAUGGGCAUGUGUUUAGCAGAAAGGAGGAACCAAGGCUGAACCACGUGCUGCAUGGAGCAAAGAAGAGGGAGGAGAGACAUAGGUUGCGGAGCAGCUCCUGCAACGAGAGGGAAGAGCGAGAGUCACCCUGUGAAAUGUGUGCCCCGGUCCAGUCGCCUCGCGUUUGUACCCCACUAACACAGCCAGCGAUUACCCACACACAACAAAGCGGUGAUGUAAUUGACCUUACAGAGAACGAUAGCAGCAGGGAUGAAUCGAGCCGAGAAUCGACCCCUGAACGGGGAACACGGAAUGCGCUGCAAUCACCUGAGAGCUUCUCCUGUCAGAGAACAGAGCCGCGCAUCUUCUACAAAGCACUGCACCAGGCAUCCACAGCAGACCAUCAUCAGCCUGUUAAGCACCACAAGCAACCAGCGCUGGAAAGGGAUUCGGGAGAGGAAAUCAGUACACCUAGUAGACCUGCUAGUAAAAAGGGUGUGGACAGAGUUGCGAUAAAAGAUAGGGCUGAAGCAGAAAUAAGUUUUGGCCAAAAGCGUACCAUCGCGCAAAGCCCAGACGAGCACUUCCAGGAGUGGAGGCGUCGUCAAGGCUACCACAACCAGAAUGCUUACUACCCAGAUUACUCCCCCUCUGGAGACUCAGAGCACAGACGUAGAUCCAGCCUCUCGCGCGCACACGACUCGGACUCCCGCUACGUCUACAUCCAGGAGGACACACCCUGCGGUACCCCUCGCAUGAUAGAAGAAGUCCCUCUCCUCCUCGGUCCAGACGGACAGGUCUACUACCAGGACGACUCCUAUUACAGCCAAGUAGCCGCUGCCUACGGAGGCUGGAGCCCGGCCACUGCCGCAGAGGGGCACGGGGUGAAGCUCGACCAUGACGGUCAGUACCGCUGCGCGUCAUCAUGCAUCUUCAUGCCUUCGGGUCAGCUCUUCGCUCACUCCGUCCCGAUGGCCAUGUCACCCAUGACGUCGCCCAUGUUCGCCCCUGGACACAUGGUGCCAAGCCCCGAUGACGUCAAUAUCCACCCGCACUGCCUGAUGACGUCACCAUACGCAUAUAAUCACCAGGUCGUCGGCCAGACGCCCAUCCGCCCGCUACACUCGAACACGUGAGGCAGAUGACGACAUGGUCAAACAAAACAGGAUAAUAACAUCAAUGUCUCCCUGUACUGUCGGAUGACGUCACCACUCUUUCUUACGUUCUUAUGACAUCACUAAUACCAAGUAGUGAGUGUUAGCCUGGUUACUAGCAGUGAGCAGUGAUGACAUCACCUUUAUGGUCCCAAGGGUUGAUAAGGAUAUAGGGAUGAUGUCUUCCAGGCUCUCGGGCCUCUGUCACUGCUGGAAGCCAGCCAAAAAAAUCUCUUUAAAAUGUAUUGCACAGUCGUAAUUAGAUUGAGCUCUAUCAAAGGAUUUCACUUGACGUUUUUUUUAUUGCACAGUUUCGAUAUGUAAAUAAUACUAGCAGUGUUGAGAUCUUACAUACUGGGCUUGCUUGUGAUGCUAUGUUGUAAAUAGAUGUUUUCUUAAAGCGCCGUCUUAUCGUCCUAUGCGUCUGUAGUACUAGCCCUAUAAAGGCGACCACGACAGUUAGAAAAGGGCAGUAGCUUUGCCUUGUUCUUUGCUGACUUUGAUAAAGGCGUUAGCUUUUCCUUGCACUUUCCUGGCUUUAAUAAGGCCGUAGAUUUAUUGUACAUAUGUUAUUAUAAGAGUGUCUAUUGUUACAGUUUGUACGUCCGAGCGGUGCCGAAUUUACUACAGGAUAAGCGGAAUUCGACUGAAGGUUGUGGCAUCUACUAUUGCAUUCCACACCCUUGUUUCACCACUAAUUGAGAGGGAGGGGUGCAUUAGGGACCAAGUUAUGUUGUGGUUUAAUCAACACCGAUCGGACGACAUAAAAUGCUGUGUAAGAAAAAGUAUCUACUAUUUAUAUUUAGAUUUAUAUAGACCUAGGCUAUAGAGUAAUAAUAUAAGAUUGAAAUUAUAGAUUUAAAGGCAAUUAUUACAACACUGUUUGCUCGAGUCGGGACAGCGACGUACCGCGUCGUAAUUUCUUUGGUUCUGCCUGAGAAAUAACAGUGUUGUGGUGGGGGCCUAAGUCCUCUUAUCCGAUAUCUAUCCAAACACCUUUUUACGUCUUUAAAAAUAUUUCUUCUAUAAUAUUUCCUAGACACAAAUCAAUCCCUACUUUGAAGGGUAUGUUAAAGCCAGCAUUUUGUGCUGCUAUUUUGGUAAUCUGAUUUCCUACAUUUUUCUACUAUCGAGAAUUGAUGGUUCUAGUUUUAUAGCAAAUGUUUUGAUAGUGUUUCGUGCCAACACCAAGCUGCUGUCUCAGAUUGAUUUAAUCUGACUCAUCGGUUUGGGAGAUAUUUUUGUACUUCGCUUCUUAGCAUGUGAUCACGCGUGAUUGUACAGCUUUGGCGUUUUAGCCAUCAGAGUGAAAAACAAAUAUUUUGUAUAUUUUCAUGGAUAUGAUUAAACUAUUUUUGCAACA